GUGGCGUACGUCAGAGGAAGCUGCAGCAGGGCUGAACAGCAAGGCGGGAGACGUCGUCUCCUCAGUCAGCCCACGCUGCAGCUGCAACAACACAGGUCCUGAGCAGAGAGCAGCAGUCAAAGGUCACGCUGGUGUCGGCUACGUGUGUGUGUGCUGAAGGAAGACCAGCAUUUAUCAUCAAGACCCACCUGGAUUUUGGACUUGAACUUGGGGAUAUAAGUUAUAUUAUUGACACGGAAUAUUUGUCCUCUUGCACAAGUUUCUUGUGAGAGCGCUGAAGCCGGAGUCACAACCUGGUCGUUUCUGGAGGGGACUGAUUCUACAAGCUGCCCCCUCUGCAGAACAUGGGCACCUGCUUCACCACGUGUCCCUCCAGCGUGACGGUCCUCCCAAACCCUCCCCAGGGGUCAGCAGGUGAGCUCCGGGACAGUGUGCUGGUGCUGCUCUACGACUGUCCGGCCCCUGAACACGCGGGACCGGGCCUGUACGCCGGGGAGAGACUGACCCUCACAUCAGACGAUGGUGACUUCAUGAGGGUGAGGUCAACGCGCACAGGCCGCGAGAUGGACGUCCCCGCCAGCUACGUGGCCCGGGUGACACACAGGUGGCUGUUUGCAGGCAUCAGCAGGUACAGAGCGGAGGAGCUGCUCAAGCAUCGCAGCAACCCCACUGGAGCCUUCUUAAUCCGGGAGUCUGAGACCAACAGAGACUGCUACUCACUCUCCAUCUUGAGGAGAGCCAACUCCUCAGACCAGAACCCUGUGAAGCACUACCUCAUUUCCCGCCUCCAGAAUGGCCGGCUCUACAUAUCUCCAGAACUCACGUUCCACUCCCUCCAUCAUCUGGUGGAACACUAUUCAGAGUCUGCAGCCGGACUGUGCUGCCGGCUUACAAUGUCUUGCUUCAUCCAGGGUUUAGACAGUACCAGAGAGGCCGGGCCUGCUCCCACAACUACCAGGAGGCCUACCAUUAACUGGAAAGACGUAAGCAGGUCGAUGAUCCUCAAGAGGAAGAGAACAGACUCAGGCAACUCUCUGGUGAGUGAGGGUCUGAGGGAAGCCAUCAACUCCUACCUCCAAAUGACAGAGGGCAGUGAUCACUGCUGGGACACAUGAGGAAAGACAGCGAGUCAGCCUGAGAGAAUGAAGCCAAGCAGAAAGGGAGGACUGACAAGGUGUCCUGCUGCAGCUUGAGCCGACACUGCAGGAGUAGGAGGAGCAGGAGGAACAGGAGGAGCAGGAGGAGCAGGUGGAGCAGGAGGAGCAGGAGGAGCCGGAGCAGCAGGAGGAGCAGGAGGAGCAGGAGGAGCAGGAGGAGCAGAGGGAGCAGGGGGAGCAGGAGGAGCAGCAGGGCUGAGACACUACACAGCUCACAGACGAGUAAACCCUGGACUGUCUUAAUGGAUGGGAGGUGUACGGAUGAGAUCAAAACUGAAAGUCAGAGAUGUCCCUGUUCUUUUGAUUUCAAAUUAUGAAUGUUUUUCUUAAUUUAUAAAAUGAAAACAAAUUUUGAAUUUCAUAAUAUGUUAAUAUAUCUGUUAUAUGAUUGUAUCAUGGUUGUGCUAUUGGAAUCCAAUAAAUCUGCUGUCUAUGUAAUAAAUUAAAUACAUAUAUAUA